UUUUUUUUUUUUUUUUCUUCUUUUUGAAUCAGAUUUCGGGAAAGGAUCAACUGUCGACUUUUAAAAAUAAGUAAAUUUCGCGAAUGAACUAAAUUCAUACGAAUAAAUAAUCGAGAAAACAAAUGAACGCGACAAUCGAUUAGGUAUAUGGAUAUAUUAUAUAUACAUAUAUAUACAAAAAUGUAUAAAAUCGUGCUCGUAUCUCGUAUGACAGAAUAAGGAUAAACCGAACAUCUUUCUUUCGUCCACCUAUCUUCCAGAAUUCUUUAACGCGAGUAUUCUCGGACACGUAAAUUAUAAUCUCGUGUUGCAAGAAAAGAAAAAAAUAGAAGAAAAAGAAGAAAAAAGAAAGAAACAAUAAAGAAAAACCACUAUACAACACAACAUUAGAAAAGAUUUCGAAAGUGAUCACGAUGCUCAAAAAUUCGAGAACUCGUAUAUACGGAUAAGAGAAGAAUAAAUAAAUAUUUCAAAAGUAAUGUACGAGACAACAAAGGACAGAAGAAAUGAUAAGUCAUUGUCAUGAACAUCCUUGAAAGUAUCAAUAAACAUAAUAUUACGGUAGUGAACGAGCCCAAAAUUCGUGCCAAUACAUUUUCAAGAAUUUUACGUGAAAUUGAUUAUGAAGAAUUAGGCGAAUCGAUUUGUAAUAAGAAUUAUUCUAAAACUGUUUUUCAAGGUCCAUUGAAAAAUCAUACGAUAGAAAAUGAAAAAGUUAUUUUAUGUGCCGAAAGUGACACCGAAUCGAGAAAGACUAAUGCUGAAAGUGCGAAAACGAAGAAGAAAAAGAAACGAAGAUACUUAACUAUUUGCACUAGUAAUUGCAAAUACGACGUAGUCAGACGCGUAGCAGCACGAUUUGGAAUGAAGGAAGUGACCGAAGACAGUAGUUGGAAUCUUUACUGGACCGAUCUAAGUGUCAGUAUCGAACGUGCAAAAGAUAUGAAAAGGUAUCAAAAGGUCAAUCAUUUUCCUGGAAUGACGGAAAUAUGUCGAAAGGAUUUACUUGCCAGAAAUCUCAAUCGCAUGUUGAAACUCUUUCCAAAGGAUUAUAAUUUUUUUCCAAAAACUUGGUGCUUUCCUGCGGAUCACGGCGAUGCCAUUGCUUACUCGAAAAUACGUCGAGCAAAGACUUACAUAAUCAAACCAGAUACUGGCUGUCAAGGACGUGGGAUUUAUUUAACCAAAAAUUUGAAAGAUAUUAAACCAAGCGAACGUAUGAUCUGCCAAGUCUACAUUUCCAGGCCAUAUUUGAUAGACGGAUAUAAGUUCGAUCUGCGUAUCUACACAUUGAUAACAUCAUGCGAUCCUCUUCGAAUAUAUGUUUACAAUGAUGGCCUAGCAAGAUUUGCUACGAGUAGAUACAAGGAACCAACUGGUCACAACACAUCGAACGUUUUCAUGCACUUAACUAAUUAUGCUGUUAACAAACAUAGUCGUAUGUACAUCGUUGACGAAGAGAUAGGUAGCAAAAGAAAGAUCUCGACUUUGUUGAAAUGGUUAAAAGUUAAGGAUAUCAAAGUUGACGAUCUAUGGAAUAAGAUCGACGAGAUUAUUAUCAAAACUAUAUUAGCUGCUCAUCCUGUUCUAAAACAUAGUUAUCGUACUUGUUUCCCAACGCACGAUAGAACCUACGCGUGCUUCGAACUUUUAGGAUUCGACAUUUUACUCGAUUGGAAACUGAGACCAUAUCUUUUGGAAGUCAAUCAUUCGCCAAGUUUUCACACAGACGCACAAAUCGACAAGGACGUCAAGGAAUCGCUUUUGACCGACACCUUCGAAAUGUUGAAUCUUCAACAAUGCGAUAAAAAGAAAAUCAUAGAGGAAGAUAGAAGACGCGUUAGGGACAGAUUACUUCAAGGUGUAAUCUUGAAAGAUUUCAGCUCGAACAAUGAUAACACCAUGAUGGGCUUGUUGAAAUCGGAAAAAACUGAACAGGAUUACAUAGAGAGACAAUUUAAAUGGGAGGACGAUCAUGUCGGUAAUUUUCGUCGAAUAUAUCCGUCCAUUAACGACGAGAAAUAUCAACAAUUUUUUAAACAGAAUGGCACCACAGUAUUCCAAGAGACCGUGGCGUCUCGUGCACGGGAGGAAGCGUCUAAAAUUCAUAAAGAAGAGAACGAAAUUAAAAUAAAAGAGCAGGAUAAUAAAAAGACCAACGGCAAGUGGAUCGAUCAGAAACCGAUUCCGGAAAGUCCGAUGGUUGGACAAAAGAAUAAUAACAAACGUUUGGAACAUAAGUCUUUCACUUAUUUGAAGAAGAUUAUACCACAAAGGCCAUUAUCAAAAAAUUCGGACAAAGUACUGUCCUCCUUCGAACCUGAGAUAAUAUCAGAGUCCGAAGAAAGAGAAAGGGUAACUGCCCUAGCUCAACGUGAUUUUCUUUUAAGAAGUUAUGGUAUACUGGAACAGAUUUACAUGGCUAUGAAACAGAACGGUACACUUAGGGACAAAGACGUUAAAAAAUAUGGUGUCUAUGGGAGGUUAUCGCUGAAGAAUGAAAAAAAUCUAUUCCGCGAAAGAGCAUCGUUUGGCAUGUCAAGAAGCAACGUUAAAUCAUCAUAAUCAUCGUUAUUAUCAUAAAUGACUAUUGAAUCAUUGUUCAUAAUUUCGUCCAAACAAGUAGUGAAAAAAAAGAAAAGAGAAAGGACAACAAAACAAAUAUAAUACAUUAAUUAAUUAAUUGAUUGAUU